UUGUAUUGCUAUAUAUCAGUAAUUUGAAAUUGUUUGAAUGAACUGAAAUAUAGUCUCAUAAACAUUGUAAAAUUAUUUUCUUCCAAUUUUCUUAAAAAUAUUUUUCUUCCGUUGUGUUAUACAAGAAGAUAAUCAUCAGUUUUAACCUCUUUCUCUCUCUAAUUACAAAAAAUUUGUGUUAGUUAAAUGAUUAGAUCUUUAUACAUAUAUAUGUGCACAUACAUAUAACAUAGUUGUUUUUUUCAUAUUUAAAAAGAUGGGAAAGAAACGAAAUAGUCAACCUCUACCAGUUACCCCAAGUCGUGUUAAAAUAGAAAUAAAAGAUGAAAUAGGAGACAGUGAUGUUCUUGUUGCAAGAGAUAGAUUAAAAGGAGCUUUACGAGAACUAUUGCAUCGCAGUGAUUCAGACUCAUCAGCAGAUUCAAGCGAAGAAAAUUCUUCUCAUGAGUUUAGGCAUCAUAUGAGAAAAAUAGACAACAUGUACAGGACGAGGUCUAUUCAUUUUCAACAACCAAGAAAAAUAAGGCGGCGUAGACAAAUACAAAUGGAUACAGCAUUUCAUCAUACGUAUGUGAUGAAACUAUUUGAUCGCAGCGUAGAUCUAGCUCAGUUUCAAGAAGAUACGCCACUCUAUCCUAUUUGUAGAGCUUGGAUGGCUAAUCAACCAAGAAAUCCAAAUCUUAUUCCAAAAGUACGUAGUCCUAGUCCUGAGAUAGUUAGUGAAAUAAGUAAUCAAAAUAGCAAUAUAUUGGAUGCAAGUGGAGAAAUACGAGAUGUUCAUUAUUUACCUCCUCCUCUUCCUUGCGAAGAAGCAAUGCCAAGAAAUCGUAUACCAUCUCCAAUUAUUUUUGAAAAGGGAGAGCUCAAAGUAGAAUAUGAUGGACAAACUCUCAAUUCGCGAGAAGUAUUACUAAGAGAACACAGAAUACAUUGGAAUGCUGUUCGUAAAAAAUGGCAUCAGCAGGCGCAUAAAAAUGAACAACGUUAUGCACAAGGCCAACAAAUACUCAGUACUAUAUUUAAAAGGGCACAAUCAGAAUUUGAAUAAUAGAACGACUAGACUAUGCAUUAGUAUUUAUCAAUUAUAUAAAUAUUCUUAAUAUUUGGAAGCAAACAUAUAUCUACAACAUUAAAUGAAUCCUAUUAUUAAAAUAAUUGUAUUUCUCCUUUAUAUUAUUUGUAUAAAUAUAUUUUUAUCACAACAUA